AUGACUCGCCAGCCUUCUCUCGACUCCGAGCGGCCCAUUAUGAGCAACUCGAACCGGAACUCUAAACGCUUCUCUACCAUCAGUGGAACCCCCUCGCUCGCUGUUUCCGACCGCACAACAGGAAGUCUUCCUAGCGGAGACCCACGAACCGCCGAAAUCACCCAGUAUGGCGAUGGCCUGGAACGUCUAGAGAACAAGCCUCUUCAGGCCCAGCGCUUUGUGCCAACUACUGAGAAGACCGACAACUUGAAUAAACUGGCUCUCGGAGCCAAGGUUGAACGCGCCUUGGGCAGACGUAUGACCAGCCAAGAUGCUGUAAUGCGCCGCAAACCAGUCAUGAACGAGAAGUCGGCUGGCACUGCUUAG